AUGUCCACCCUUCGAUAUGAAUUAAUUCAUGCAACAAUUAAUAGAGCGUCUACAUUAACAGAUACUAAUAUUUACAAUGAUAUACAUAAACAAUUUGAAUUUCAAAAACAAACAGUCCUUGCUGAUAAAAUUCUUACAAAUGAUGAAAAAACUUUUGCAAUAAGAUGGAUAACUAAAGGUCAUGAUCGAAAUAAAGUUAAUUUUAAUUCAGGAACAAAAAGAAUUUGUGAAAAUUGUAAGCAAGAAUGUUUAGCCACAUUAUAUUGUGAAUAUUGUGUUCGAAAUUAUUUAAAAGAAUAUUUUUCAAAUUGGACAUCUGGUAAUUAUGAUAUUGAUAAUUUAAUACAGAAAUGUCAAAUGGAAUCACUCAUGCCGAGUAAAAUAGUUGAAUGGAUCCCAUAUAGUAAUUUAGAAAAUAUUAAAUAUUUAACAAAAGGUGGAUUUUCUGAAAUUUAUACAGCAGAUUGGAUUAAUGGACAUUAUGAAGAAUGGGAUUCUGAAAAAAAACAAUUAACGAGACUCAGGAAUCGUGGUACAGUGCUUAAAAAGUUAGAAAAUGUUGAAAGUGCAAAUCAAAGUUGGAUUGAGGAGGCUAAAUCGCAUUUAACUAUAAGUAAUAAAUGGGCAAAUGUUGUUCGAUGUUAUGGUUUAACGCAAAAUCCAUCAAAUGGAAAUUAUAUGCUUGUAAUGAAUAAAAUGGAUAUAGAUUUAAGAAAAUAUUUACAACAAAAUCAUAAUCAACUUACAUGGAAAGAUAGAAUGAAAAUUAUUAAUGAAAUAACUCUUGCACUUUAUUAUAUUCAUUUUGAGAAAGCAAUUCAUAGAGAUUUGCAUUCUGGAAAUAUAUUAUAUUCACAACUAGCCAAUAGUUGGAUCAUUAGUGAUCUUGGAUUUUGUGGACCUGCUGAUAAAUCUUCAACAAGUAUAUAUGGAAAUCUUCCUUACAUAGCACUCGAAGUUAUUGUUGGAAGAGAAUAUACUUUUGCAUCUGAUAUUUAUAGUAUUGCAAUUCUUAUGUGGGAAAUUUCAUCUGGACAAACACCAUUUAUAAAUUAUGAACAUGAAAAUGAUAUUGUAAUGAAUAUUAUUAACGGUAUAAGUUCAAAAAUUGUUCCAGGAACUCCAUUAGAAUAUAAAAAUUUAAUGAAAGAAUGUUGGGAUGCUGAUCCAUUAAAAAGACCUAAUAUACUUACACUUUGGAAUAAAAUACAAAAAAUUAAUUUAUAUUAUCAAAAUAUGUCAGAUGAAUUAUUCAAAUCAGAAAUGGAUAAUUUAGAAAUGAAUAGAGUAGAAGAAAAUUAUACGAGUAGUACAAGUAAAAUUCAUAACUUUGGAAAUCUACCUGAACCAAGAAAUGCAACAGAAGAAGAACAAGAAGUGUUUCAUAGUAAAUUGUAUGAUUUUAACAUUCCUGACGAUAUUGACGACUUUAAUAAAUCAAAUGAGCAGAAUAGUAGCAAAACAUUAAAAGUAAUUACUAUUUUUAGAGAUAGUAAUAAAAAAUUAUCUAAAUCAUUUAAAAAGUUGCAAAUAAAGUCAAAUAAUGAUAAAAAAGAAAAAACUCAAAAAUAUGUUGUUGAUGAUGACGAAGUAUAUAACAAUCCAAACUUUCAUUCAAAAGAACAAGAUGAACUGGAAAUUCCUGAUGAUGGAUUUUAAAUUUUUUUGGUAAAUCAAAUUAACAAUAUUUUUUUUAUAUUUUAAAUUAUUAUCACUUAUUUAUUUAUCGUGGAUUAUUUAAACACUAAGACUAGAGUACAAAAUUCUUAGUUUGUAA